UGUACGUAAAUGCCAUCAUAACAUGACACAAUUCGAAAAAAAACCAUCAACGAAGAGAUAAACUAAAACACAUACGGAAUGGUUCUUUUUAGAUUUUUACGGGAACGGCAUUUCUUUCCAAUUUCGAGACGAACUCGUAAGCGUACGCAGCGAUAAGUCGAUUCGCGCAAAAAACUGUCAGCUAAACUACCAGUCAGCGGAGUAAGUUGAGUCGUAACUUUCUUUAACGUCCCGAGGCGUUCCGAUUUCUACGGGAAGCAGUGGACACGUCGAUCCUUCUACAUUCCGCAUUACGCCAGCCGACGUGCCGAUACGCGACAGUUCCGACUACGUGGAUGUCGCGUAAUCGUCAACCCAGGCUCGAUGUUCUGCGCGAAUAAGGGUAAAACCUCAGGACUUGGCCGUUGGACUUCCGCCCGGCGUGUGUAAAUGCGCCCCUAUGUAUAAAUCGAGCAGACGGAACGAUAAAAGCGCGAACGCGGAAUUGUAAAUUUAAAUUGAGAAGUUUAGCGCGCACAACGUUGGCAUUUCAAGGGAAACAGAUCAGAGGAAAAUAUACAGACCUGCCUUUAAAGAAAAUAUAUGUUAUGACGCGCAUGAAAUGUAAUUUAAAAAAUUGUUUUCAAAGCUGAAAGAUGAAAAUUUUUGAUAACCAAUGCAUUUCGUAUUGUGGUGCUUGCGUAAACUUUUUAACUGCCAAAAAGAAUAAUGGGAAAUUUUGAAGAUAAGUGGGCUGUGUGUGUGUAAAUAUCAUUCCAUUAAUUUUGGUCAAGAAUCAUUUCCAAUUAAUUAUUCAACAAGAUAAAUUUUCCAUUCUGAAAAAUGCUGGUACUCCGCUCUAUUCUUUAAUGAAUAAUCGCACCCGCAGCUUAGCGGGGUACCUAUCCCAGAGCAAUUUUUUUCAAUUUUUUACGUGCGCGUUUAGAUCGCGCGCGUGCGAUAGUGCGCCGUGACAGUACAUUUCCAACUGCGCGUCGAAGCCGCGUUGCGAUCGCAAAGUAAACCGAGCGAAAAAUUUAAUUUAAAAAAUACCUCGCAGCGAGCCCGACCGGAUAUCCCCGUGUGCAAAAUGCGCCGUAAUUUAUAGUUGAAAAAAAUACAGUCUACGUCGCUCGUUCGAAAAGCCGGCAGAUGCGUACGCGAACAUGUAUCGCUGUUUAGUAAUUCCGAAAAAACCCCGCUUGCCCAUCGCGCAUCGACACUGUCAUGUGUCUACGUGAGUGUAUGCGUGCGUAUAUGUGAGCGCACAUAUACAUACGUGCGCGUGUGUGCAUGUAUGCAGUGACCGUGUGUUUUCUCGCGCGUAUAUUCAACCGUGGCGGUUUACGCGAAAGUUACAAAAUCGACAACAAAACGCAAUCACUAUAAUUGGUUGCCAUCGGCUUCGCCACCGUCGCCGUUUCGUCGUGUUGCGCGUUUCCGGAGCAUUGAAAUACGGUAAAUUGGCAUUCGCGCGUUCCUUUCCGCGACGAUCGCCCCCGUGUCGCGUUCACGCCGACGAACGUACACAGGGACGGAAGAAAUCACUCUGUGACGUGCUGCCGGGAGUGCCUCGCCAUCAAAUAUUUGGCACAAUCAGGUGCGUGCAAACAUACGUACAGGGAGGAAUACACGCGCAACCGGCGCGCCGCCGGAAAAAGAGUCUAUAACGUGAAAAUUCCGGUCGAGUUAGACUUUUGACCAAAAUUCGUGCGAAGCACGUUAGUCGAGCAAAUAACGACAGCGUAUUUAUACAGAUUGUUGAGCAACGGCAACACGUUAUCGGAAACCGUUUCCCGUUCAACGAGGCUGGUGCUCGUUUUCUUGAAAUUAUGACGCGAUGACAAAAUUUACUCGCGGCAAGUUUACCUGUCCGCAGCACAAUUAUAAUAAUUACUGCUCUGGUAACGUUACAUCAUUAUGUAUAUGAUAACAAUAUUGUAGCGCAAACACUAUGACAUAUUGUAAUCAAUUAAUAACAAUAAACCUGAAUAUUAUUUAAUAAUUAUUUAAUAAAAUUUUAAAAGUACGUCAUUUUUUCCUCUAUAUUUAAUACCAUUUAUUAAUAUCAUAUUGAAAAUGAAAUUGCAGUAGCAGUACGUAAUUUAACAUUGUAUAAUACAGUGCGACAAUCAGAAUCGCAUUAUAUUAUUAUGUGUACCUAUUUGAUUAAUCUUCGCAUGUAUUCUUACGCAUAGUGCACAACAUUCCAUAGAAAUCGAUAAUACGCACAUUAAUGCGUCUAAUAAACGCGCAUUAUGCCAUACAUUGAAUUAUUAAUAUCAUGAUUUCUGUAAUGCAGAAUAAUGUAGGAGUAGUUGUAGACCUUCGAAAUGAAACAAUUACUGCGUGGGCUGUGUGUAAAUGUCACGUGGAAUUUACUUUGUCAAGUACAUUGUUGUGACUGCUCUGAUUGCAUUAAACAAAAUAUUUGUAUCACAAUUCCAAUUACGUAUCAGUGUUCUUCUAAUAAAAAUAGAAUUCUAUUAUACGAACAUUACAAUUCCAUUAUACGAAAUUUCCUCAAAAAAAUUGAUUGCAAAUUCAUAAUGAAUUUCUAAGGAUUCUAAAACUAAUUAUCUAAGGAUAUAUUAUAUUUGAAUACUCCCCCUGACGAGCGCCUCACGUAGGAUAUUAAAUAAACUGGAAUUGAUCCGCGCUCGAAAUAUUUCGCAACGUAAUAUCCAGUUUUAUUAUCAUCCACGACAAAAACACAGCACCUCUUAUUUUAAUUGUAUAUUUAAUGCACAGAUACGGUCAAUUUUCAACUUGGUCCAUAGUUUCAUGUAAAUAUGAACUGAACUCUGAAUCGAGUGACUAGCAAUAAAAUUCUUGAAAUGUAAACUGGAUAAAAUAGUAAAUCGCACACAUAGUUGUUUCAAAAUAUUGAAAUACUGCUCUCCUUUCAACUUCGAAAUCAAUUUUGAUGUUGGUAGUCAUGAAGUAAUAUCACAUUUCUGAAGGUAUUAAUCGCAUUAUUUUGAAUUCAUCGAUCUAAAAUUCCAUCAAUUAAUUUUCAUAUGAGUUCAAUAUGAUUAUCCAAGAAUACGCAACCAGGUGUGUUUACUCGCUGAGGAAUCGAUAUUAUAACAAAGUUAUUUACGCGAAUGAAAGAGCAUCGAUGUUUUCCAAAAACCAAAAACAGAUCAAACCCAAAAAUUGGCACGACGUCGUGAGAUAUCAUCGAUGUCAGUCGCAAAUUCCUUGCGAAAGUCGACUGGAGCGAAGCAGAAUGGAGCGGAACGGCGCAUGACAGCGUUCGUGCAUUAGCACGAAACGCGCGUUACGUGCGUGCACGUAGAGCAUUCUGCGCGUCUUGAUGCGAACGGCCGAUGACGGUAUGCGGUGAUCGCAUAAAUCGCGAAACGAGACGAUUCGUACGUGUCCCGCCGCGAAUAUGUCGAGACGCGCGCGACCAUCAGUCAAACCUCUCGGAGUGCAGUAUCCGCGCCAGAUACAUACGUCUACCUAUGCCAGCUCAAUAAAUCGCUCCACACACACACGGGGUGUACCAAUGCAUACUAGCUGCACAUUUUUAUGAAAAACGGAAGAGAUGCAACGUUUAUCGCACUACGAUAACGAGAUGGUCUCACAAACUAUAAAAUAGACCAAAAAUUAGAGAGUUAAUGCGGCUCUAAAUAAGUAAAUAUUAAAAACAAUUUAAUAAUGAAAUAUCUGAUCCUUCGUAGUUGCCAAAUCGCACUUAAACUGGAUUUAAAUCUCGAUCUUAUUCACAAAGAUGCCUGAAAGUUACAAAGUUAAGAUAAUAGCAUCUCGCAGAAUUGUUUUCCUAAAAGUUUGAAUUAAUUUUUAUUAAUUUGGGAAUUUUCCUGCCGGGGGAGUUUAGAAGACGCGGCGAUUUUUCAUGGUUAAAGCGGCGGUAUUUUUGUUUGUGGGACACCCCGUGUGCACACGUAUAAAUUUCAAGUUCUCGCGUGUAUCUCACCAUUCCUCUGCGUUACGAUCCAACGGAAAGUGGAGACGCGAAAAGGGACAGGGGGAAUCGCCGGACACAACAUGCUUUCGUACAAAGUGCAUUGGUUAAUACGCGAACGUCUAGAUGCAUCACCGUAAAACGUAAUGCGCGCAUCUCUGUUCCUUGAGUGCAUUCGCUACAGUUGUCCGCAUAAAUGUAAGGCGCAUAAAGAAUACCGAAACAUUUUCCAGUCAGCGGACAAUUUCCGUUACAAAGUGACCAGGGCAAAUAAAUGUCGAGUCACUGCACAGACUAUUCUGAGCGCGAAUCGUUUCGUAUCGGUCGGAAGUUAAUAAAAUAUCAGCGAGAAGAAGAAAUAGAAAAAGAAAAAAUAACUGAGUCGUGCCGGUAUGAUAUGACCGCUUUUGCCACUUCCACCGCGAGGAUGUCCCGCAUCCAUUCCGAAUAAAACCAGUGCGAGCGAGUACUUUUCGAGCUAACUCGGCGUUCGAUGAUUUACGAGCUCAGAGGAUCGAACUUCUCUCUCUCUUUCUCUCUCCACCUCUUCCUCCAUGAGCAACCUCUCUUUCCACGGUCCGCCGACGACACGGUAGGUACACGGCAAACACGGCGGAAUCCGGACGCGAUUGCGGAUUUCGCUCGAGCUCAUUACACCCGCAUCAACGCACACAGAUGAGGAAACUGGCGUGCAUAUGCAAGCAUACACACAGCGCACACGCAGCUUUCGCUGCCGCCUGCGUAUGGCUCCAUGCAUGAUUUCACUCCAUCUACCCUCUCGACGGACGUCGUUAGUCGCGGUUCCUCCUCUCUUACGGUAAAACCAUCGUACCGUAUCGGUCCUCACUCUCGUUAAUCUCGGUAUUUCGUUUGACCGUGGCGCAGUCCACGGUGUAUAUAAGCUUUCCGUUUAUUCGGCGAGCUUGCGUAUAUACAAUAUUCAUUCGCACCGUUUCGAUAUUAGUCCUGCGUUUCGCACGUUCCUCUUCCGCCUGAACGGACGAACACGCGGAAUCUCCAAAGUUGGGGAUUAUAUUGCUUUAUUAAGCGUCCGUGCAUUCGGCGCCGCACACGAGUCUCCGCGCCACGAAUAUUUACAAACUUUAUUAAUAACGUUAAUUAAAUAAUAUUCGGCAUUAUUUGCUACAUUAAUUUUCUCAAUUCAUUAAAUCCGGGCUUAAUAAUAUGCAAACGUAAUUUGUUUUACGCGAAACGGCAGUCGCAUCCAAAACUCAUAUAUAUUUUGGUAUUAUGCCUUGGUGUCUCGUCCGGAUGGAUUAAGUACUAUGUAGUUAUGCCUUUCUACUUGCUUUUCGAACAGAGUUCACAGUAAUACUAAAAAGAAGAAAAGGGGGCGCUACGGCGCCGGACCGCGCUGCGCGCGAUCCCAAGGCUGCGCGCGCAUCUCAUUAUCUUUUCUGUUCGUGCAGAGUACAAUAGAGUUCACAUUUUGUGAGGUUCUUUCUCCCAAUGUGCUGUAUAUUUUAGUGUCUUAUUGAUUAUGCCGAAGCAUAAGCGAAGUCGCUCGCCAAGACCAUCGAAGACGAGUAAACAUAGGCACCGGGAGCGAUCUCGUGUGAGGAGAUCGCAUUCUAACCUCACCCCCAGCUCUUCGGCCGGAUCGUCGCGCGAAUCUUCGCGGGAGUUUUUGUCGCGUCCUUCUACGUCGCGGGAUAAAUUCUUCCAUACCAUGUACGACCUUUUCAACUAUAUGCAACGUCGUAUCCCCCCGAUAUCCGGCGAGGUAUCGGAGGCUGAGGAAGGACCGGCGAAUCUUAUCCCUUCUACCGACGUUACGGCGUGCUCAGGCGUACCCAUUGCGGGUCCUGCACUAUCAGAACGAAUCACAGACGAGCAGACGGCCUCCAUUGGCCGUGGCGGCGACCUAGGUAUGUCUCCUUAUCAUCUUGGCCUUGAUAGCGAGAUGUCUCACAAGGAGAACAUAACCGACUGCUCACAGAUUCUGUCAUUCGAUUCCUUUUUCUCCCCGUCUGUUUUAGUUGCUGGAGCCUCGACGGACGCCGGGAAUGCUCCCGCCGUUGUUUUCCAUGAACCUGUAGUCUCCGAAGUGAUUGAGGACAUUACGGAGGACUCCAGACACGCCUCGGAGGGCCUCAUUCAGGAGUUGUUCGGCGAACAGGUCUUACCACCUGCCUCAGCGACGUGGCUACCGCUUAUCCUCGGCACUACUAGAACGGAGGUCCGUUCUGGGCUUAACGAGCAAGUGAAACAUAACCUCCUAUCGAAAUACGAGCCAAAGGGAGAUCUUGUCUUUCUUAGAUCCUCCGAAAGUGAACAAGGAGAUACUUCCGAACUUAGGUGCAACGGUUGUGACUCGGGACAAACAUCAGGCAACCGCUCAAGCGCAGGUGGGUACCUCUUUGAACGCCUUGGGGAGUGGUUUGUCCGAGCUACUGAAGCUGGAGGCUUUACACACGUCGUUCGAGGGAAAGGCUGCCGUGAGCAAAAUUGCCGAGGGGAUCCGCUUAUUGGCUGAUCACCAUUACCGUCUUUCUCAAACGAGGCGGGCUUUUAUUGUGCCGUCCCUCAACUUUUUGGGCAAAUCCGCAUCGGAUUCAGCCCCCAUUGACGAUUGCCUCUUCGGUAGCAACUUUGCCGAGGAUGUCAAUGCGGCUCAAUCAAUUGAAAAAGUUGCUCGGAAGAUGGCGAAGAAGACGCCCCAAUCUCAACAGACCCGCCCGCAGGCGCAGCGUCGUCCGAAACAAACCAAUCUUCCGCUUCGUGAAAUGCAGCAGGAAAACUCGAGACCCCCUUCUCGCCACGUGUCUGCAGGAGGGGUUACCGAUCAAGUUGCACCAGGAGAUCCUCAUCUCGCCCCAGAGGCCGGACACGUUAUUGAAUCCAAUAGCAUCGGCAGGGCGCCUGGCUGACUUUCAGGAUGGAUGGCGUGCGAUCACAACGAAUUCUCAGGACUCAUCAUCCGGAAUGGAAUACCCUUUCCCUGGUAGCAGUGAAGUUAUCCGACAGGCCUUCGGUGCGCAGACAGUACCCUCCGCGGCCUUAGAGGUCAUGAUUGCCUCGCUCGCACCAUCCACGAUCAAGCAGUAUACUCGACCUUUGCGCACCUGGUGGACUUUUUGUCAAACACACGGCAUUUCUCCGUAUGCUCCGGAUAUUGCUCGGGUCCUUGAGUUUUUAUCUCAAGAGUUGCGACAUAGUAACUCGUACUCAACUCUAAAUACGGCGCGUUCCGCGAUUUCACUUAUUUCGUCCACCGAGAUCGGCAAUCACCCCCUCGUCAAACGGUUUUGUAAGGGGGCUAGUUAUCUUAAGCCUCCGAAACCUCGUUAUGAUUUUAUUUGGGACCCAGCACCGGUAAUCGCAAAUUUGGCGACUAUGUUCCCUUAUACAUCGAUUUCUCUGCCUGCUAUCACUAAGAAGUUAGUUCUCCUUUUAGCCUUAGAGUCCGGGCAACGAGCCCAAACUCUAGCAUAUAUCAAAAUUUCGCAGCUAUCCUUUUCUAGAGAUAAGCUUCUUAUUCGGAUCCCGGACCGGAUAAAAACAUCAGGCCCGGGUCGUGCACAACCAGUGCUUUCUUUUUCUCGAUUUCUCCAUCGUCCGGAGCUAUGCAUUAUUACUUUGCUGGAACAUUACCUAGAUUUAACAAAAGAACUCCGUCCAGCUAACUGCGAUUCGCUCUUUUUAUCUUACGUAAAACUCCACAAAAGUGUGGAAGUCCAAACAAUAAGCCGUUGAAUUCGCACAUCUUUGGAAGAAUGUGGAAUUGAGUCUGAGUUGUUCUCGGCUCACAGCACCCGACAUGCGUCGACGUCGGUGGCAGCCAAAAACGGAGUUAACCUUGAUGUUAUUAAAUGAGCUGCAGGCUGGUCGGGCGAUUCCAGGGUAUUUCCAUUGUUUUACAAUCGCCCCAUAAUCAACCCUGCGGAUUUCAGUAGAGCUGUUUUAUCGACAGAAGCCUAGUUUGAUUAUUUUAUGUCACGUUUCGACUCACUGAAGUUGCUCUUUAUGUUUCCUCGUUACGGUUAUUUGAUACGUAUUUCUCUCACUGCGAUAAACAUUGAUGUUCUGGCGUUGCGUUUUAUAAGAACCUUGGUUAGGUGAAAAAUUUUUUGUUUCUAUACUUAAUACAUUCUCUUGGUCUUAA